AUGCCGACCAUCAUAUCUAAGUUCGCGAAACGCUCCUUCGACACGCUCGAGGGACUCGGCUACUCGCGUGAGCUCGUCUCAAAGAGCCUCAUAACGGGCGCAGUUGCACUAUACUGCCUAAGGCUCACCUACCCAGUAGUCCGGGAUAAAUUAGCCACCGGUCGUGGAACACCCGCCGAAACGCCCGACCAUCGCAAUGAGAACAACAACGUCACCAAACGGCCACCGGACGAUCCGGAGGCUAAAAAGGAGCAAAUCAUUAUCGCAAAACGCAACCGGCAGCGUCAAGCCGCCGGACGACCGCCUGGUCUUAACCUCGACUUUCUGGUGCAAUUGCGCCAGCUGAUGCGCAUCAUGGUGCCCCGGUUGCUGUGCGAAGAGUCCGGUUUGCUGGCCGUCCACACGCUCUGCCUGGUGUCACGAACCUUCCUGAGCAUCUACGUCGCCUCGAUGGAGGGUGCCAUCGUGAAGUUCAUCGUACGGAAGGACUUGCGCAACUUUGUGCUGAUGCUGCUGAAGUGGUUCGGCAUCGCUAUACCGGCCACCUUCAUCAACUCGAUGAUACGCUACCUGGAGAACAAGCUGGCCCUCGCCUUCCGGACACGCCUAGUAAACCAUGCGUACGGCAUGUACUUCAAGAACGAAACCUACUACAAGGUGUCGAACCUGGACGGACGCAUCGAAAACGCGGACCACCGGCUGACGGACGACAUCUCGACGUUCUCCAGCUCGGUGGCACAUCUGUACAGCUCACUGACGAAGCCUUGCUUCGAUUUGCUGCUAAUCGGCAUCGCAAUGGCCCGCUCGUCCCGUCGCAUGAAAGCCAACAUCGUAAUGGGUCCGGCAUUAGCCACCGUCGUCAUCGGCACGACGGCUCACAUCCUGCGGAUAGUGUCACCGAAGUUCGGCCAGCUUGUAGCGGAAGAAGCCAACCGGACGGGUUAUCUGCGCCACGUACACUCAAAGAUCAUCACCAACGCCGAAGAGAUCGCGUUCUACGGUGGCCAUAAGGUGGAACACUCACAACUUCAGGAGGCCUACUCGCGUCUGGUGAGCCAAAUGAACUCGAUCUUCACACAAAAGCUGUGGUUCAUCAUGCUGGAGCAGUUCUUCAUGAAGUACGUCUGGUCCGGCACGGGCAUGGUGAUGGUGUCCUUACCGAUCCUGACCGUUGGUGCAAACGCCAUACCUGCCAGCCCCGAGCAUAGGGACCUCAUCAAAUCGGACGAACAGGGUGUCAGUGAACGAACGCAGUACUUCACCACGGCACGAAACCUUCUGCUGAGUGGUGCGGACGCCAUCGAGCGGCUAAUGUCGUCGUACAAAGAGAUAGUGGCGUUGGCCGGCUACACCAGCCGAGUGGCCGGUAUGUUUGAGGUAUUUGACGAGGUCAAUCGAGGUAUCUACCGAAAGACGACGCUCUACACCGAGGAGCGCAAUCUGGACGGUAUUCUUGAGUUCCGUGAUGGCCAACCGGUCGCCAAGGGUCGCAUCGUGUUUGCCACGGACGCCAAAGACACCAGCAUAUCGCUGGAGAACGUCCCGGUUGUGACGCCCAACUGCGACAUUGUUGUGCCGAGCAUCAGUCUCACGAUCGAAGCUGGAAUGCAUCUGCUUAUUACGGGUCCGAAUGGGUGCGGCAAGUCGAGUCUGUUCCGUAUCUUGAGCGGGUUGUGGCCCAUUUAUGGAGGUACUCUGCGCAUUCCGACGUCGUCUGAUGGUCGACCCAGCAUGUUCUACAUUCCCCAGCGUCCGUACAUGUCGUGUGGUACGCUGCUCGAUCAGGUGAUCUAUCCGGACACGCGGUCGGAUAUGGAAGCGAAGAAGAUCACCGAGGGUCAGCUGCGGGAGAUCAUGCGAAUGGUAUCACUCGAGCACAUCCUUGACAGGGAUAGCUUCGAUGAAAUUCGAGACUGGAAGGAUACGCUCUCCGGAGGCGAGAAGCAGCGUAUGGCCAUUGCGCGAUUAUUCUACCACAGACCAAAAUACGCACUGCUGGAUGAGUGUACCAGCGCCGUGUCCAUCGACGUGGAGAGCUGCAUCUACGAGACGGCCAAAUCCAUGGACAUUAGCUUGCUAACCAUAACCCAUCGGCCGACUUUGUGGAAAUUCCAUACGCAUAUCCUGCAGUUCGAUGGACAGGGUGGAUGGUUGUUCGAGAAGCUGGAAGAAGGUGCCCAGCAAAAAGUUCCUACCGCGAAAGCCAUCCCUCCGUCUAGCAGCUAGAGGACACGUUCGGGGGCGAUACGGAAAAUUGUACAGAACGAAAAGCAACGUGAACGUCGAGAUUAUUUGAAAGUAUUUUUGUGUUAUUAUUUCGUUCAGUUGUAGAAAAAAGCAUCACGCCAAAAAUGAGUCAAAAAUCAAUGGGAUACUUUGGGGCAGACGACAAGCGGCUAGAUAAUGUGCUAGAUGUAAUGUAACAAAAUUGAGCCAGGGUAUUUCGCUGUUUACCAGCGUUUCCAGCUUCGGGAAGUUGGGUAGUUGUUUUGGGGAGCCAAACGGAUAUCACAUACUUUUGUGAAUAGGAUAUCUUGAAUUUUACUUUUACUGUUCGUACUUAGUACAAUGACAA